GCAGAGGCUGCAUUCCAUCUAGAGAUUCUUAAGAUUAGGAGGACUGGUAUCUAAAGUGGGUCAUCAAGAAAACAGAAACGUGAGAAAACGCCUGCAAGUCCUUUUCAGUUUUCUUAUGAAAAGGUGGCAAAAUAUUACUAAAGAAAAAAAGGAAUGGCUGGGCGGUGACGUCAGGUCAGAAGCAGGAAUGAAACACACCAGUACUGCAGAUCAAAAUUGCAGCCGAUGAGUAACUAGAGAUGCAGGUGACCAUGCAGGAAUGCUGAGACAACUCUCUCAAAAUGGUUUCUAGGACACCCCAGUUUCCUUUCUUAAUAAGCACUCUGAGUCUCUGUACAGUCCUUGUACCCCUCGCUGCAGCUAAACCCCACAACAGCACCCUCAUCUACCACAACAACAACAACAACAACAGCGUCCGCAACUGCAGCUGUGCCUCCAGGGUCGAGGACUGCAACAAAGCCCAGGCAAACAUGCUGUGCAGCUGCAGGACAGUCCCUCUGUCCAGCAUCACAGGCAGCACUGGGUUUACCUAUCAGGGCGGGCUGACAGUUUGGCUGAAGGACCCAUGGGUACUCAGGCUGCUGGUUAACUACAGUUCUGUGCCAGAUCUCAGGCUUGCCGCAUGUGGGGCCAAUCCCCUCCCCCCAGAGUACCUGACCGUGUUCGGUUUAAAGAGGCUGAGGAUAUACAAUAGCGCCGUGGGGGUGGAGUUCCCAGAGCAAGGCCUCAGCAUAGAAGGCUUGGAGAAAGCUAGAGGCAAACAAAGACCAUUGCCUCAAGAGACCCCACACAUAUCCUUCAUGGUUUCCUUUCUGGACCUGGCCCUACUUAAUGGUGGCUCUUCUCUGAAAGCCUACAGUGUGAAACAUCUCCCCAGCAUUGGGGGAUAUUUCCCAAACCUCCUCUUCCCCAGCCCCUUUGAGCCAGCUGACAGCCAACAUUGCCUAGUCACCUUCAUCUACUAACAUGAAACUAAUAAUUAAAAGAAAAAAAAAACUUUUGGUUUAUGGAUCACAAGCUGUUUUUUAGAAAGGCAAUCGAGUACCACAUGAUAUGUCUCCAUUGAACAUAAAUUAUGUGAGUUUUUUGUAAAGCAGGUAUGAAGAAUAAUAUAUAAUUCCUAAUGACUAAAUGAUGGUUCAAAUUAAUAUUCAGUGUUUAGACAGUGUUUAGAAUUGCUGAUAUUUUAAAAAUCACUGUAAAUGUACUCAUAUAACAAAAACAUUUUUAAAAAAAACCUGAAACCAACCUGAAUGUAUACCUGCUGUACUUAGUAUAGCAGCAGUGUGGAGUAGUGGUUAGGGCUGUGGACUCUUGACCGGAGGGUUGUGGGUUCAAUUCCAGGUGGAGGACACUGCUGCUGUACCCUUGAGCAACGUACUUUACCUAGAUUGCUCCAGUAAAAACCCAACUGUAUAAAUGAGUAAUUGUAUAUUAUGUAUAACACUAUGUAACACAAUUUUUGUUCCUGGGUAGUAAGUGUUAUUUCCUAAUUGCUUAUGCCUCAAAAGUAUAGAAAAUGGCUAUUAUUCCCCACAAACUUUGCUUUUGUGACCAGGACAGUGAUAUUUUGAAAUUUACCUAUUUCCAAUGAGAAAACGGGCGAAUUUGUGUCUUUUCGUUCACAUAAAGUCAGAAAAAAACAACAUAUGAAUCCAAAUUAACAUGUAUGUAUACUAAAGUAAUACAAAAAUGACUACAAAAGGUUUAGAAGUGAGUAGUCUUUUUGGUUGGGGUAGUAUGGGUUUCUCUCCUCAGCUCCACCUCUGAAAUUGUCAUCUGGAUCUACAACGUCUUCCUCGCUCUCUGACUUGCUGCUCUCUUCUAAAGACGGCUGCUCUCUCUCCGGAGGAGUGGAUACGGGGAGCUCAUGGCAGUGUGGCACCGGGGCGAUGGAUGAAGGAAGGUCCGGAUACGUGAUAGCAGGUGCAUUCUUGCCAGUCCGACGUUUGGAAGGGUCCACCAUGCAGAAGUAGCAGUUGCUUGAGUGGUCAGUGGGUUCCCGCCAAAUUCUUGGGAUAGCGAACUUCAUGGCUCUCUUUUCCCCUCUGUACCAUCCUACAAAAAUACAUUUAUUUCACCCAUGACUAAUGUGUAAGAGAUUCUCGCAACAUUUUUCAUAUAUGAUAUAUUUUUUCAAUAACAUUGAAAAUUGUAAAACAUUUUAAAAUUAAAAACUUUUACAAUUUUAAAAAUGUUAACAAAUUUUAUAACAUAAAAUUCCGAGCAACAAUUGUCCAUCUUACCUUCCAGAGUUUUUUUGCAGUGCUCGCAGGUGAAAUGAGGUGCCCAGGGUUUGUCUUGAUCCCCGACAGGCAUGCCGAAAUAUGCCUUGUAGGCCUCACACAUCUUAGCAGAUGCUUCCACGGAGUACUUUUUCGCUCUUGUCUUGAUAAAUUGGCCGCAGACAUAGCAAAAUGCGUCUGCCGAAUGCUUGCAGCCUGUUGAUGCCAUCUCAGAAAAAUGCAGAUAUAUAUCCACUUAGGCAGCUGGAACUAAACUGAACUGGUGGGCUUAAGGCCCCUGUAUUUAUACUACUAUUUAUAUUACUGGAAAGUUCUAGAAAGUUCUAGAAGUUACUCCAAGUUUACUCAGCACUGAAUCUAACUGGAAUGUUCUGGAAAAUAGGUAAAUUUCAAAAUAUCACUGUCCUGGUCACAAAAGCAAAGUUUGUGGGGAAUAAUAGCCAUUUUCUAUACUUUUGAGGCAUAAGCAAUUAGGAAAUAACACUUACUACCCAUGAACAAAAAAAAAUAAUAAUUGUUACACGGUGUAAUCUGCAUAAUGUGAAAUAAUGUGAUAACUUGUAACUCUGGAUAAGGGCGUCUGUUAAGAAAUAAAUAAUAAUAAUAAUAAUAAUAAUAAUAAUAAUAAUAAUAAUAAUAAUAAUACUGUAUAGUAAUAAUGUAAUGGAGCUAAUUGAAUUAAUCCAGCUGUUGUAGAGCUGAGCAGUGGCAUUCACAAGCACUAGGAUUCUCAUCACGGCUUUUCACCCAAUCUCAAAAAAACAUAAAGAUUGUUAUGGCAAUACAAUAUAGUGUUUAACCCUCAGUGAUAUUAACAGCUGUAAGUACACUGUAACAACAAACCUCAUGCCUGGCACAGCUAUCAGUGAAGGUUCAGGUAGACACAGUGAUCUUACUUUCCUCAGAAUAACUUUCACUUGCUGAUAUGUGCUCUGCUGUAAAUAAAAUAAGUAUUCUGCACAGAAAAGGAACA